AUGUCCGAGAAAUCACAACCGGAGAUAGAGGCAGGUGCGAGUCAAACCUUGCCGAUAUCUUAUCAGGAAAAUGCAUUAGGUGGGCACUCAUUGGGAUCAUCAGGGAUGGGAUCGUCCGGGCGUCCACACAGAGACACCGCGCGUUCUGUGGCCAUUGAGCAAUUUCUUCUUGACGGCCACCUUAAUGAUUUAAUUGGAGGAGGAGGUGGUGGUGGCAGUGGACCCGGGCUUGCCAAUUCUCUUGCGAGUACGAUGGCCCCAGGGAGUGACAACAUUCGUGGACCAGGUAGCAUCACCGAGAACCCGAGUUUUUUUUCUACAAAAAUGAAUGAUGGACCCGAUGGACAGGUAGCUGAUAACUUGCGACGCAGACCAUCUGCAAUUGAGCUGGAGAAACAACCCAUGGCGUCAGCAAAGGCAUCACGGCCGAUGCCUCAGUUUUUUUUUCCCCAGAAUGUUCCAGGCGGCACCGAAGGAGAGCUAAAAAGUGCAUCGGCAGCAGCGCCUCGUUCGAGUAGACCACCUUCUUCCGUCACUGUUUUUUUACCUGAAGAGGCUCCAACCUCAGGAAACUUCUCAAGUCGUGGAUUCCCACUAGUUUCUUCACCGCUUGAAGGAGAUGCUUUACCUAUGGGCGGCAACAAAAAGGCAAAGGCGUCUCCAAGCUCUCCGCCCCCGUUGGGAGCCACGGGGUCUGCAGAAGCUGACGGCAAGAGAAGUGGCCCGAGGCGUACGAAGUCUGUAGGUGAUAUUUUAGCUUUAAUGAAUGGUUCCAGUGGAAGCCAUCCCGGGCAAGCGCAGUUGCCGUCACGCCCCGUUUCACCCACCACUGGACGCGUGAUUUCUUCCUCUGGUAUUUUUCGGACACCACAUGCCUUCAGUACAGCUGGACAACGCAGAAAUACUCAAGUUUGGGGACAUGCUGGAGCGGAGACUGGAGCGCGAAUGAAUAGACCCAAUUGGCUUUCUGCGGCGGAGAGGCUGCAGCGAGAUCAUGCUUUGGGUAUUUCGGAAAGGCGUUUAGACUCAUUUUACUACCCAGAUUCGAACCGAAGUGCCUGGCAAUGGAAGCCGCAAACAGGUCGUCUGCGCGCUGCUGAUGUUAAGGCCCUUGGACAAUCAGGUCCACCUGGACAGGGGUACAUUGUAAAUCCUCAGUCAGUAAAUUUCUUACUCUCCCCCAACGGAACCCGCACGACGGACCGUGGUAGCGAAUCGCCCGUGACACCCAGGACAGGAAAUAAUCCAUCCAGUUGGGGUGCUAUGUCAGAACAAUUUUCCGGGCGGCACGUGCACGUGCGGGCAAGAAAUAGCGCGCGCCGAGGUUCUACACAAAAAUUAGCCUUAGGCACUUCAUACGCCCAUUCCAACAGACCGUACGAGAACAAAAGCAGUACAGGUGGUGUGGCUUCGCUUGGAUCGACCAACACAAAGUCAUCAAAGGUGGAAAACCACGCUGAGAACAUGUUCAUGUCACUCUUUUCGGGGGCGAAGCACGAAAAAUCGCGACACCCACCCUUAUUCGCCAAUGAUUUUGCCUUGCCUUCUUUGGUUUCAGAUUCGCCUGGAACGAAAAAGGGAUCGCCGCAACUUAGUCGUGGUAGUGCUGGUGGCGCUAGUGGUGGUGCUGGUGGUGGUGCUGGUGGUGGUGCUGGUGGUGGAGCUGGUGGUGGAGCUGGUGGUGGAGCUGGUGGUGGAGCUGGUGGUGGAGCUGGUGGUGGAGCUGGUGGUGAUAAUAACCGAAAGGAGAAUAAGGUUGGGCAACUGAUUCAAGGGGAUGAAGAGGAGCACGAGGAGAGGCACUUUAAGGAGCAGAAUAGCACGGCCUUGCAUGCAAUCCCAUGGGAUCAACGGGCGUUUAUUCCCAUUAGUGGAUUUGGUACCAAAACAUUUAGUAUUUUUUCUGCACCGCUUUUCUGGGAGAAGUUGGACUGGACUGUCCGUGCGUCACUCUUCACGGUUCUUCCAACGAUGAUUCUUACCCUGGAGCCGAAAACGGAAGGCAUUUUCCCAUUGCCUUCCUCCGUAGCAUUUCUUGCAUUCUGGAUCACAAUGCCAACCUUUGGUUCCGGAUUACGGGAAUUUAUCAUUGCCUUGAAGGGAUACGCACUGAGCCUUGCCAUUCUUAUGAUUGUUAUUUUGAUUGGGCCCCGCUCAAGUUGGUUGAUUCUCCUGCUGCUUUUUCUGCUCGUGCUUAUGACCUCCUUCUUUGCUGAACAGGUGAAGAAAACGACUGCAUACUGUCUCGCGGUUUUUCUCAUGCAGUUACAGUCGAAUCCUGAUGGUACAGGGAGAAAGUUUGUUUGGGACUACUUCACCACACUUCUCAUCGCACUCGCCUUUGGUCUUGCGGCGUUCUUCAUUCCGAAUAUUCGCUGGUCGAGCGAUCUCUCGAAGAACUAUGUGUCCAUCCUUGGAAAUUCCCUUAGUAUCUAUGUACAGGGGACGUGCUCUAGCUUCUGGACACGCUCCCCGUUAGAACGUGAGCUGCACAUUCUUCGGCUGCGGCAGUUAAGUGCGACAGCAUCGAAGGCCAUUACGAAGGCCGCAUCGUUUUUUGAUGAAGCGGGCUAUGAGCCGCAUAGUGGCUCUUUCAUGUCCGCCAUCAGCGUCCGACACGAGUUCCUGGUGAACAUCUAUCAAAUUCUUAGUUCCAUGGUGCAGGUGGUGGAGCUCAUCAACGAAAAUCCGCAACGCAUUGAGACCCCGUUGUGUAUUUCUUUCGGAAACGCCAUUGUGGAGGAUCUUGCCAUCAUUUCCUCCGCGAUGGAUAGUAUGAUUUUAAAGAUAUCCGACUUUAAACAUCCCGUGCAGGAGGAAGAUAUUCAAAUGUUUAGGGAGGCACGGGAACGUUUUCAGGAUCGACUUUCAGAAGUACGUCAGGAUGUGAUUCUUGACAAUGAAAUGUACGAGACAGAUGAAUCUGACGUGCUAAUUGGCUUCUUCAUGUUUAGCGUGGAUGAACUUUGUGAGGAGAUCUCCAACUUUUCUACGAAAAAAUCAGCAAACAGCAACUUUUUGGAAUGGCUCAAGGCACCAAUAAAUGAUUGCAAGAGUUCUUUUAAUGCCUUACGCCUUCUUAUCGCCACAAUGAUUCACGGACGCUCCUUGACCCGGCGUGCGAAGGAGGCUAUUAAGCUGGCGCUUUGUAUGACCGUUCCUAGUAUUUUUCAGGUGUACGCACUGCACAAUAGUGAUACAAGUCCAGUUGCGGGUGCGUCUAUUAUUGCCUUUGUGUACAGUCAAACUGGGGCUCAGAGCUUCACGUAUGCAGUAAAUCGAGUGCUUGGAACUGUUCUAGGUUCCCUUACCGCGUUUUUGGGCGUGCAAAUUGCCGACUCACGCCGUCUUAUUUUGUACAUAGCUGUGGCCAUCCUCUCCUUUCUUGGAGCCUAUAUUCAGACAAGCCCUGAAUACUUUGCAGCAGGCAACGCCAUUUGUAACAGUGUCAUCUCGGUCAUCACGCAAUACAGAAAUCCUGCCGCUGCCAUUGUGCGCAUUCAGCAAAACAUGUUUGCCAUUCUCAUUUAUUUUUGUAUUUCGAUGGUACUGUGGCCAAUGCGAGCUCGGGCAAAGGUGCAAAUGGCCUUUGAUGUCAGCUUGCGCUGCUUCCGUGAGGCGACAUGUCGUUUGUUGCGCAAUCUGGAUUUGCCAGAAGAUGUUUGUGAGGUGAACACAGCGGUGACGGAUGUAUUGAAGGAGUGGAACAAGAAGAUUGAUCGUCAGGCCAAUUUCUUGAAUGGUGCUGUGACGGAGCCGACGCUUGUCGGGGCUGGUUUUCCAGAGAUUUCUUGGAAGAAACUCAUAGACGCACAGAGGAGUCUCUGGUCCAUAAUGUCCAUGAUGCGUUUUGCGUACUUUACCUUCAUGUCCAGCAAGGCGGACGAUGUCACAGAGUUGUCUGUGCAUUGGGUUGUUUUGCGGCGCAUCUCACCCCAUGCCAAGGAUCUCUCUGACUUGGUGUACGCCACCGUUGAUCUUUAUUUGCUCUCGAUUGGCAAGACCACUGUUGUGCCGACCAGUCACCUCACUCGGUUGCGGCAUGGCAUACUGGAGGCGGAGCAGAACAUCUCGGAAGUGUACAUUCAGACCAUCUGUCGCAAACUCGGCGGCGAUGUCUCCGAUGAGGAGGAUGAGGAGGACGACGGGAAGGGAAGUAGCAUGAGCAACAUGAACGUCAGCAGCAACAGCGGGUCGAGCGGCUCUGGCAAAAAGGGGCAGACAUUGAAAGGUCCGGGGACAAAUGAGCCGGGGGGAGGCAAAGGGGAUUUGGGUGGCACAAUCCCCACGGCGCAUUCGGCUGAGCCCCCACCGCAAGAGAAUCAAAAGAAGAAGAAGGGCGGGUAUCUCAUGUACAACCUCACAAAGGAGGAGGAGGAGGAGCUGAAACGAUACCUUGCGAACCGGUCACUGGCUAACCGACAAAAGAUCGGGGUAGAUGAAAACGCCGAGGAUACCAUCAAGAGGGACAGGAAAAACACUCUAAGAGACAGUUUUGUUAAUAAUCGAUCUUUUCUCGGUUUAUUUAGCAGAACAAUACGCCCUGGGGAACGUGAAUUGGUGUCGAAUUCCUCCGAAGAGGAGAAUGAACGCCUCAAGAAGAAGGGCAAGAAGCACCGGUACGGUGAGCUGGAAGGCUCCAUGAUUGACUUGGAUGCAGACGUCUCCACUCCCAAGCAGAAGGGUGCGGCAGGUAAAAGGCGGAGUAGGCAGGAUAACAGCAAUGCGGAAGAAGGGACAACAGAUGGUGGCAGUCAAGUGGAGUCACGGGAGAAGAGCUUUGGGUCGCCCAAGGGCAAAAAGAAGGGUGAUGACGGGGACGAGAAACUGAAGGUGCCCGUGGAAUAUCCAGAGGCCUCCGCCGUACUCCAGCCGAAGCUUUCAAAGGCUCAGGAGAAUGGCUCCUUUUCGGCCAUCGCACCAACGCAAUACUCUGGUGAUUGCAGCUCAACAGAUCCUUCGCAACAUACAUCGCAAUUGCUUCAAAAUCUCACGUUUUUUAACAACAAGCGAAAGGAGUUUGUACUGUCUAAUCAAGAUAUUCACAGUCUGGAGGCAUUCCUCUUCGGGGUGCGUGCCCUGACGGUGCAACUGGGUGAGCUGCAGAAGGCUUUACUGGAGAUGCAGCACGCGGAGGAGCUUGCAAAGAAGGUAUAA